CCGGUCUCAACAUGUUAAAGUAUAUAGUUAUAUUAUCCACCAUUGCUUGUGCUUUGGGUGCCGCCGUGCCUGAGGGUUUGUUGCCUCAAUUGGAUGGUCGCAUAGUGGGUGGUAAUCCUGCUUCUAUUAGCUCGUUUCCCUGGCAAAUUUCCCUUCAACGUUCCGGUUCUCAUUCCUGUGGCGGUUCCAUUUAUAGUAAACAAAUCAUAGUGACUGCUGCUCACUGUUUACAAUCGGUUAAUAUCUCUGUUAUGAAAGUUCGUGCUGGUUCUUCUUUCUGGAUUUCCGGUGGUGUUUUACUUAAUGUUGCUGCCUUCAAGAAUCAUGAACGUUACAAUUCCAAUACUAUGGUUAAUGAUAUUGCCGUAAUACGUUUAAGUUCUCCUUUGACUUUUUCAUCCACCAUUAAGCCUAUUCCUUUGGCUUCUGUGGCGCCUGCCAAUGGUGCUGCUGCUUCUGUUUCGGGUUGGGGUACUACAGCCUCUGGUUCCCAUUCUAUGCCCUCGCAAUUGAAAUCAAUUGAUGUUAAAAUUCUUAGCCUUACAGAAUGUUCUUCAUCCACUUAUGGUUAUGGCUCUGAAAUUAGAGACAGCAUGAUUUGUGCCUUUACUAAGGGUAAGGAUUCGUGUCAAGGUGAUUCUGGUGGUCCGAUGGUUUCUGGUGGUCAAUUAGUUGGUGUUGUUUCCUGGGGUUAUGGCUGUGCCUUUGCUAACUAUCCGGGUGUCUAUGCUGAUGUAGCUGCUCUGCGCUCUUGGGUUGUUAGUGCUGCUGAAACUGUAUGAAAAUGAUAACGAAUAAAGACUUUAAAAAUUUCUAAAUUA